ACUGAGAUAUCUUUCAACUCUGACCAUUCCAAUCCCAACAAAGAGCCGCUAAAGUCCACCAGUCCUCAAGACCCAAGUCAACACACACCCUGUUUCAAGACCCAAGUCAACACACACCCUGUUUAUACAUAGAUAUAUAAUAUACAUGCAUGAACAAUUUGCUUACAAAUCCAAAAGCAAACGCAAGCAGAGCUGAACUAACAUGGCAGAAGUGAUCCUUCUCUUCCUUUCAGUGGUCACCCUGCUAAGCUUUCCGACUACAAAAGCCGACUACGUCUACCAUAUCUGCCCCAACACCACCGUCUUCACCCCAAACUCCACCUUCCAGUCCAACCUCAACGACCUCCUCUCCAGUCUCUCCUCCAACGCCACACGAGACACCGGCUUCUACAACGCCACCUCCAGCCGUACCCCUAACGACACCGCCUACGGCCUCUUCCUCUGCCGCGGUGACGUCACCACAGCCGCUUGCAAGUCCUGCGUGACCACCGCAACCUCCGAGGUCGUGCAGCGCUGCCCGGUCGAGAAAGAGGUUGUGAUAUGGUACGAUGACUGCAUGCUACGCUACUCCAACAACUCCUUCUUCUCCGUCGCCACUGAGUCGCCGGGGGUGUUCAUGUGGAACACCCAAAACGUCAGCAGCGAAACGAACAGGUUCAACCAGGUUUUGGCGGCGAGCAUGACGGAGGUGGCCACGGAGGCUUCGAACGACAGCGAUAAGUUCGCGACGAGAGAGGCGAACUUCAAUGGGUCGAUUAAAUUGUACAGCUUGGGGCAGUGCACGCAGGACUUGUCUAGUGUUGAAUGCAAUCGGUGUCUUAAGGGAGCCAUAGAGAAUUUGCCGACUUGCUGCGGCGGGAAGCAAGGGGGACGAGUUCUGUAUCCGAGUUGUAAUGUUAGGUAUGAAGUUUUUCCCUUUUAUCAGAACUCGACGUCAGCACCGGCGCCGGCGCCAGGGGCUUGGCCUCUUUCUCCGCCGAGCUCAGUGAGUAAAGGAAAUAAUACAAGUAACAUAACGACAAAAGUAUCACCAUCAUCGUUCUUCCAGUUGCUAUUGUUAGUAUUAUGCUUAUCAUCAGCAUUGGCCUUGUUUUAGGACGAGAAAGGCAGGGAAGGGCCAAACUUGGAAGUUUAAAUGUUUGCAAGUCUGUGUUUCUACUUAUUUGGAUUUGGACGUACUCUUGUGACAACUGUGAUAUCCUAUUGAAUUGGAUGGAAAUUGUAACU